AUCCUGGACCUCUCCUGAGCUUUUAGCGCAGCCUAAACGUGCGCUUUAUGUGCGCAAAGACUUGGAAGUCUUGAAUUCCGACUGAUAGAUACUCAGAUUGGCCAUUAUGGCUGUGGCUGAGGCACUGAUGCCUACUUUGACGUCGUUUCCAAAUUUCAAAGCAAUGGAUAAUCUUUGCCAUAUGGAUGAAUGGGCUCGGAGCGGCGGAACAGCUGGCGCAGGCAGUGCGCGCAUUGAGGUUGACUUCAGCAUCGUUCAUUCUCCUGCGCCUCUCAAGGAUGAAGACGAGCUGGGGAAGUUUCUGGACCUUGAGUUCAUCCUUUCAAACUCGAUCUGCACUGAUUCUGUCGGAAACAGCGACAGUGGGGACAUGUCCCCCACGCAGCAGCAGUGUGGAUACUCCCUGCCGGAGUCUCCGGAAAGCUGCGGCGGGGGUUCUCUGCCAGACUCCACCGAUCAUACCACUUCUCAAUCAGCACCACAUGGCUAUGAGGGCGUAGCGAGCAACUUCGUGGAGAACCCUGUCCGCAGCCUGAUGGCGGAGCUUCUCACACCUGAGAUGGGUUAUCCAGCAGAAGGCGCGUUGGAGAGGGCAGACAAGGCGAGGGAAAAUUGCGAGUACACCGAACUGCGGGCUUUAAAUGGCACUGCACACUCCAAUCCGGGUUCAUCUCCAUCCCCGCUUGGAUACAAAAUUAAAACCGAGCCAGGGGUCCAGUCUUGUAUGAUAGCAGCUGCAAACUUUGUGGAAGAAGUUUUUGACAAACGCCAGAUGCGCUCAGCACCUUUUACGCAUCACCAGCCUUCAAUUCCAGGUGCGGCACAGAGCUUCAGCGCGCACCCGAUUCCACUUCAGGGAAGCACAGAUUGCACAUUGGUGCAAAUGAACUCAUCAAUGACCUCCCAUAAUCACCAUCAUCAUCAUCCUGAUCAGAACCAUCUAUCAAACCAGUACAUGCACGCACCAUAUCACCCACAGUACGCACACCGAGGUGUGCCACAGUUCCAGGGACGUUACAGCAUGCACCACCAGCAGCACCAUCCCGCUUCUCUGCAGGGGAUGAUGCUCACUCCUCCCUCAUCGCCUCUCUUGGACUUUUACGGGCACGAUGAGGCUGGGUGCGUUAAACAAAAGCGAGGACGCAAGUCUUGGACAAGAAAACGCGCCGCCACACACAACUGCGAGUUUCCAGGCUGCGGGAAAACAUACACCAAGAGCUCUCAUCUCAAGGCGCACAUGAGGACCCACACAGGUGAAAAGCCCUACCACUGCAACUGGGAAGGCUGUGGCUGGAAGUUCGCCCGAUCCGACGAGCUGACUCGGCACUUCAGGAAACACACAGGGCACAGACCUUUUCAGUGUCACCUGUGUGAACGCGCCUUCUCCCGCUCGGACCACCUGGCUCUCCACAUGAAGAGGCACAUGUAGAUAAUUCUCAACAUGCACAAACUUUUUAUGCAUCGUCCUCAGAGAUACUGCAGGUGGUCACCUCCAUAAAGGAACUGUAUACACCCAUAGGGUUAUGCUGACCUGCAAACUAUACUUUCCAGGGAAAUCCAAAGUGGGAAACAGUGGAGAUUGUUUUAUCCACAAGUGCCUAAUUUUCCGCGAAGUUCAGUGCCUCUUUUGUGUUUUGUAUAUUUUUAUGCAAAAAAA